AUUGAUCACAAGUAAGGAGUAAAUAAAGUCCGUUUAUUAAGUGUUUUUAACUAUGGCGGAAAGCAGCGAAGGUUCGAAGAAGAUCAGUUUAACAGUGAAAACAGCCAAAGACAAAAAGCUCAUCGAAAUCGAGGAAGAUGCCGGGGUAAAAGAGUUGCGUGAGAUGGUCAGUGAGAAAUUCAGUUCUUCUUUGGAACAAGUUUGCCUUAUCUUUGCUGGGAAGAUAUUAAAAGAUGGUGAAAAAUUAGAUCAGCACAAUAUCAAAGAUGGACUUACUGUUCACCUUGUCAUUAAAGGUGGAAGUUCCAAUGCCCAACCAAAUAACCGUCCUGCCUCUUCUACUACUUCACCAGUAAUCCAGAAUAAUUCUACUGCUGCAAACAAUCAAGCUAACACCGCCAACAGUUUUGCUGGCCUUGGUGGUCUGGGUGGGUUAGGGCUUGGUUUAGGAGGCUUAGGAAACUUGGGAGUAGGUAACCCAAAUUUCCAAGAACUACAACAAAGAAUGCAACGUGAAAUGUUAAGCAAUCCUGAAAUGAUGAGACAGAUAAUGGAUAACCCAUUUGUUCAGCAACUUAUGAAUAAUCCUGAAUACAUGAGGGCCAUCAUUACUUCUAACCCACAGAUGCAGCAGUUAAUGGAGCGUAAUCCUGAAAUUUCCCACAUGUUGAAUAAUCCUGAAAUGCUUCGUCAAACUAUGGAACUUGCCAGAAAUCCAGCGAUGUUGCAGGAGCUAAUGCGAUCCCAUGAUAGAGCGCUAUCGAAUCUUGAAUCUAUCCCAGGUGGAUAUAGUGCUUUACAACGUAUGUAUAGAGAUAUACAGGAACCUAUGUUGAAUGCUGCACAAGAACAGUUUGGUUCAAAUCCAUUUGCGUCCUUAGUUGGGAAUAAUACAGCUUCUGAUGCAGCUCAAGCUGGAAGAGAAAAUAGUGACCCAAUGCCUAAUCCUUGGGCACCACGUGGAUCUACGCCUGAUGCCACCACAACGACAACUACUACCACAUCUCCGUCAUCUACAGCAGCUGCCACCAGUAGUACAACUGGCACGAGUACAUCCACUACUAAUAGUACAUCUGGCAUAGGUAGUACUCCAGGCAUUGCUGGAAUGCUUCAAAGUCCAGGAAUGCAGUCACUGAUGCAACAAAUGAUUGAAAAUCCACAGUUGAUGUCAUCUAUGAUUAACGCUCCAUACACUCAGGCUAUGUUUCAGAGUCUAAUGGCCAAUCCAGAGUUGGCACAGCAGAUUAUAGGAGCCAAUCCAUUGUUUUCUGGGAAUCCAGUUCUUCAGGAGCAGAUGCGUACAAUGUUACCCGCUUUCCUAAAUCAAUUACAGAACCCAGAGAUCCAGAAUUUUAUGUUGAAUCCACAGGCACUUUCUGCUGUGGCUCAAAUACAAAGUGGAAUUGAUCAAUUACGGCAGACAUCACCGGAACUCUUUAACAGUUUAGGAAUGGGCCUACCUCCUCUUAUUGUUCCAUCAACAACAACCUCUUCAACAACUAAUUCCACCACUACAGCCUCUUCGAGUUCCACCACUACCUCCACUUCAAACUCUAUGCCAGGCCUCAUACCAGGCUCAGAUGCCUUCAGUAAUUUAAUGACCACGAUGUCACAGGCUCUGUCAGGCAGUGGUAACCCGGAACAGCAAUAUGCAUCUCAGUUAGAGCAGCUUUCAGCGAUGGGUUUCAUAAAUCGGGAAGCAAAUCUUCAAGCUCUUAUUGCGACCUUUGGGGAUGUUAAUGCAGCUGUCGAGAGGCUUUUGGCAAGGCUGGAUCCUCAGAGCUAAAAUCACGCCUGUUUGUUAUGUGUCUCCAUAAUAUUCCUAUAGCAUUUUUCUCUUGUGUAUGUGUGGGGUAGAUGUAAUUGAUUAUAUUAUUUUCUUUUCUUUUUUAUAUAUUAACCUGGAAUUAUCCAUAUUCAUAGGUUAUGCUGUUUGAUAUUGGGUUUUGCACCCCCCAUGGAUCAUAUCAAUACGUAGUAAAACUUACUGUUUUACCUUGCAUCUUAUUGUAAAUAAAGAAAGAAGUGGUCCUCAUUUACACUGGAAAAUUAUUAGCAAUUAAACUCCAUUUGAAAACAACAUUUGGUAAUACAAAAUUAUAUAGCUAUACUGUAUAUCGCUGGACUGUAUUUUAUAAAUGAAAGCAUUCAUGUAUAAUACCGAAAGUGCUGAAUUUCAGAUAUGUAUGAUAACAUAAACAUAUUUGCAAGGACCCAUGUUUGGAUCUGUGUACAUUUUCUGUAUUUAUGAAUUUGUAGCUUAAUUAUAGUAUUCUUAAUGCAUUAUUCUAUUAUCAAAAUGAGGAGGGUGUUGACUUGGGAAGAAUAUUAACUUUUUAUAUACAUUUUUUUUUCCAGCAGUUUCAACUUUUUUCAUGCCAUACAUUUGUGUUUACAGUACAGCACUCAGGCAUAAAAAGUUUGACUUUACCUGGUUAGACUUAUUAAACACCAUGUAAUAAGUGUAAAAUAAAAUACAUGGGCAUUUAGGUAUGCUAGUUGGGAUGGUAAAUAAUUUGCUUAAGGUAGUGAAGGAGCAAAUGAAAAGUAAAGGAAAAGUUAGUUUUUUAUAAAUUAAGUAAAUUGUUAAACAGAGGCACUUGAGAAAUGUGAUUUGUCAUGCAAAUUUACUUGGAAAAACUGAGGUUAUAUUUACCAAAAAAUAUAUAGCUGGGGAUGGGAACUUUAGUAAGCCAAAUCUGGGAUAAUUUAUGAAAAGCAAAAUAAAAAAAAAAGGAUAAGAAGAAGAAUACUAGCAAGAGUGUGUAAAUGUUAUACACACUAUAUUGGAAUUUUUUUUGAAGUAUUAAUCAAGAAUCUGGACUUUGUUGAAAGAUACAAGUAUUUUUCAAGAUUGACCAUGAUAAAGUCAUUGCAACCAAUCAACAGAAGUAGAAUAAAACCAUUCUUAAUGUCUUCUGUUUAGGAGAAAACUAAAAAUUCACUUCAAGAAAUCUGGAUAUUGGCAAAUAAAAUGCUCAAGGUAGAGGUAAGGGGUCAUCUGUGGCCACAUACAAAACGUAUUAGUGAUAACUAAGGCAUUUUCAGUCAAGGAUGCUGGCAUUCCUAGGUGAAAGCAGGUUUGAUUUGUAGUUGCCUCUCCAAAGAAAAUGAGGAUUCAGUCUUAAACUUCACAUUUAUAAAUAUAUACUCUAGGAGGCAUAUUGUGGUGUAUUGAUAAGAUAAAAAAAAAUUGGCUCCUUGAUAUGAGAAAUGAAUUUGGUGCUGAACUGAGAAGGUGGUUUUAAGGGAAGGUAUUGUUUAAUGGUGAAGUUUAUAAUAGCAUUAAACAGUACUGGAGGGUUGUGAUAUGAUGAUUUGAACAUGACUUAAAGAGCUUGUACUGUACACGAAUACCAGAGAGGCAGAAUGUUAAAUAGGGUAUGGAGAGCUAGAAUGAGUGUUGAGAUUAUCACAAUGAAUGGUUAGGAGAUUGAAACUUAGUUUGGGACAUUAGAUUUCAAUUUCAGGUUCUUUCAAACUUUGAAAACCUUGCAUAUGGUACAGUGCUUCUAAACUUCAUUUGUAACAAAAUUUAUUAGUGAACUUGCCAUUGGGGUGGAAACUGCACUUGUUGAUGAUUGGGUAUGAUGCCUGGCAAGAUAUCAUUCUUCCCUAAAUAAAACUAAUGCAUAAAAAUAUCAUGUGGAUGAACUUUGGUUUCACCUUUCCUUUUGGGGAUGGAAGUUAGCUUGUUGGAAUUGAGGUUUUAAUACAAAAGUUUCAUGAUGCAACUUUGCCUCGGAAUAACCUUUUGUGAUAUCUUUAAUAUCUAUCAAUCUGAACUUGUACACUUAAUUGCUAUCCUACUGUAAUUGUUUGUUUUUCUGUUUGGAAUUGAGGAAUGAAUGAUCUCAUGGCAGUGAGGUAAUAUGCAUCUUGAAAAAUGCUUGAAGAACAAGGAAGUACUGCCAGAUUAGUAGUGGUGAUAUAAAAAAGCAAAAUUACUGAGGAAGGGUUUAUUUGAUAAAAACUUUUUCCUUUAAUACUAAUGGGAUUUCUAGUGUUUUUGGCAAAGAUAAAUGUUGAUUAUAUAUUGGUGUAAUAAUUUAACUUUUUUUAAGUGCAACAUAUAUGUAAGGAUGUAUGAAAUUUCCAAAAGAAAAUAUCUAUUUUAUUAUAGACAGAGUGAGAAACAGAUACCAAAGUAUAAACAAUCUCCUGGCCUUCUUGCAUUUGUAAAUUAAAUUUUUCCUUUAAUAAUUUGGUGAUGAAAAUCUUGGUACAAAGUUGUUCUGACAUAGAAACAAACCCAUGUCAUAGGACAGGAUAGCCUUAGGCAUGCAUGAUGGCUCUGCGUAGACUCACCUUGAAGAACACGACUAACUACUUAGUGUCUACCUUCACCCUUGUUCCUUCCAAUUUUUCCCUAGCGGUCUUGGCACUCACAAGUGCUAUUUAUACGUUCUGCAUAUUUUAAACUUAUAUGUUCUUUGUGCGACUUUUAGUGGAAAAUGUCUAGAUCAUGAAAUCAUGUGUGGCUGGGACCUGUGUUGUGCACCUGUGCUGGACAGUGGAAUUCUUUAGGGAUGUGUGGAAACUUUCUGUUUCUUAGUUUCUCCCAAAAUAGUGUAGUGUUGCUUUUAUGUAUUGCUAGACAUAAGUGUAUUUUCAAGUGUUUGCAGUUUCUAAGUAUAUUUUCCCCCAGCCAUUAAAGUAACAGUAAAAACAGUGUCUCAUCGGUGUAUGGGAAUUACAGGGAAAGGGAAGAUUUGAAAAUUCUUGUCCCUGCUCUCUGUUAACCUGCAUUCAGUGUGUUCGAAGUGUAGAGGAAAAAAUAUUCUUGAAUAUAAGACUUGUUUAGAAUGUGAAUCGUGGACAACUUCUCAAUGGAAAAAGUUUGAAAAGGGGGAAAAAGAAACCUACAUCAUCUUCCAUAGAGAAAUGUGGCCCCUCCAUUACCUGCAUCCAAUUUCCUGCUGAUUUUGUUCCUUCUCCAUUACCUGUCACUCCUGGUAGGAAUUUCCAGUCUUUUACUUUCCCUGAUCAGAAGUUGUUUAUUCUUCAAGAGAUGAUGUCAGUGCUGUCAAAAUUCCUCAACAAAAGAGUUGGCGAGUGUUAGUGUGUCGGAUAGCAUGGCAAAGAAAACAGAAUAGUUAGAGCAUAUGUAGGAAGGUCCGAGUGGGUACCGAUAGAAGAGAGGGAGAUCUGCCUCUAUUGACUCAGAUUUCUUUUCAAUCAAUCACCGUGAUUUUCGAAACGCUGUUGUACUAAUUCUUCCACAGUUAAGAAGGAAAACCAAACUUUAUUCCCACCUGAGAGCAUCUCUCGAUCACAUUCCAGAAGCAUGACUGCAUGUUGCUUCCUCAAUACUUGUAAAACACAGAAAGCUCUUUCCCUCUCAUCACAAACUCCCAUCUCCCACUUUUUGGGACACGUGGUCACGUUCCACCACAGUACCUCCCUUAGUAAUGGGCUUUGCAGAGAGAGAAGUCAGCCUUACCUCACUGAUCCAGGCACUACUGUCUCACAUGGUCUUUCGUCACCUCCCAUUCCCACUUUAGAAGUAUAAUGCAGCAUGGUAACUCCCUCAAGAAUGGACGUUAUGAAGAAAAGAGCCAUCCAGUGCCUCAAAAAUCCAGGUAUUGGGUUGUCAGUCCCCCACAUCAUCAAUGAAGACUCCUUUCUGGGUAGCAACUCCAGGGAAUGGACUACAAAGCCAAAGACAUCCGUUAAUAGGUUCUGUCACUGUUCCUAGUUCUAUCCGGAUAGAACUAGGAGUAAAACCUGUCUCACAGGAACGGUCUCGGCCAUGGGCACGGUUCCCUUCACGAGGCAACUGUGAUAGGUCUCAGUCUCAUUCAUCCUCUUACCAUUCAACGAGGCCUACAGACAGUAGGAGGGAGGAAGCAUCACGUUUCUCUUACAUCUCCCCUACCAAGACGUAGGAACCGAGAACCUUGGUCACCAGUAAGUAAGAGCAAUCAGAAACAACUCAGACCAUCUAGAUGAAGGACAUAGAAUUGGAAUUCAGUUAAUGAGCACAUGAUUUUCUAGGUGAGGGGUUAAAGUUUGCUGAAAGUAUAUAUAUAUGAUACAGAAAAUUUUGAGAUAGCUGGAGCCUGAGAGAGAUGAAACUGAAGAUUUUGUGAACUCUUCUUUAAUGAAAGAAGUAAAAUAUAUUCUGGAUAAACCAGCCUCUUUUCCCAGGAUAGUUAAUGGGACAGUAUCCCGGUUGUCUGGUAAUACUUCUUUGGACUACUUACGUCAGAUAGGAUCAAAAGUCACUACUAGUGCUGAGAUGGUGAAUUUUUAAUUAACCUUAGGAAGGACUUUUGACAGCUGCCUCUUAGCUUGACAACUGUCAAGGGCUAUUGUUACACUUCGUGAAAGGAUAGUCUCUAAUGAUUAGUGGUUAGUUAUGAAAGACUUCUUUCCUCCAUCUGGUAAAGCCGUAAAGUGCAUGAAAAAGAAUAUAGUGAACAUACUAUUGAAAAGAAGAGAAUAUCUCCUUUCUAUAGCACAAAGAAAGAUCGCUUCAGACAGUUGGUCAAAUCUGAGAAACUGCUUUGACAGAUGCUGGAAUUUUUCUUUCAAGAACAUUGGAUCAGGCAAUUUUAGACAGGAGAGAAGAUGCAAAAAAACAUUUUACCAUUGUCUUCUGUUAGACUAGCACUUAGAAGACAGCCUUUCAGUUUCAGCAACUGGGGUAGACAGUCUGGACCUUUUUAGCAGAGGUUUUGUCAAGACACCAAAUCUUUCAGAGGUAGUCAACAUGAAGAAGGAAGGCAGCAAUACUGUUCCACUGACCCCCUACCCCCACCCUCUCAAUUGGGCUGGCAAACUUAAUUCUGUGGGCACAAAGGGAGCCAGUAGAUGAGGAAGACAGUUUCCCUAAUCCACUUCAUUAGACCAAUGGGGGGCCUGUCUUGGGAGCAAGUAAAAAGAGUGACAGAAGACCAUUGCAGAGGAAUGGAUGGUCCAGACUAUCAGGAAAGGGUUCCUCCUCCCCUUCCAGCAGAGGGAGCUUCAACAAGAAAUUCGGAGCAUGCGAUGCAAGGGCUAUGGAAAUAAAGAAAAUUUAUCAGGUUUUUAUAGCCACCUUUUCCUGGUAAAGAAGACAUCAGGGGUUGGAGACCUGUCAGAUCUAUCAAGAUCAGUCCUUGCAGUGAUCAGGAAUGGAGAUUUCAUAAUCUCCUUGGAUCUACAGGGUGCAUCUCUCCAAAUCCUGAUACAUCCUUCCUCCAGAAAAUUCCUACAGUUUUCUCCAGAAAGGUCACUUACCAGUUCAGGGGGCUCUGAUUCGGGGUAGCGACAGCUCCCCAAGUAUGCACCAGAAUCCUUCAACUGGUAUCAGAAAGGGCCCACGAGCAAUUCAUCUACGACAAUACUUCGAUGAUUGGCUCGUUCUGGCAUCAACGCCAAAACAAGCCAGGAGAGACAGACACUUAGUCUUGAAUAUGGGCAGGAACCUUGGUAUUCUGGUCAGUUCUUACAAAUCAGACUUGGUUUCAACUCCUUCCAUCCUCUGCGCAUUGGGGACUGAAAUCUCAGACAAAGAUGGAGAUACUCCUCUCUUCCUGCUGGGAAUGAAGGAGCAUAAUUAUGUACAAAAUUACCAAAAACCGCCAAAGACGCUUGUUCACCCAAAGAUAGCAGCGUCUCCUUUCUUUUGUACUGACCUUUCCCAUAAAACAUCUUCCAUUGUUCCACUGACUAACCACGACGAACUGAAAAAGGAUUGGUAAUAGUACAUACGUUUUCUCUGCACCUACACACAUUGGGUGAGGAUCCGUAGACACUGAUGUUAGGAAUCUUGAGCAAGGAAAUCCACUCACUCCAGGACAUUUCCUUUGUCUCUUGUGAGAUCCCGAAGAAGGUUCUGUUGGUGAAGCAAAUUUCUCCAUGUCUCACAACUUACACACACCUAGCAGGUCACACCCACACUGAGAUCACCCAGAGAAAGAAAAAGGGAGAAUUAUGAAAAUAAACGGGUAAACUAAACCAGCUUUAAAGAGAUGGAUAGUAAUCACGUCCUUUCUUAAAGGCGGUAGGAAAGUAACUGAUAUGUCACGGGAUGCCCAGGGCAUUCUGGGAACUACAAUGCCCCCCUGUUUCAUCCCAGGAAAGAAUUGGCAAACUAUAAUAGCAUAUCUGGUCUCUUUGGAAAAGCUUGUACCAGGCAGAGCCCAUUUAUGUACCUUGCAAUGGAAUUUAAAGGAAAAGAUCAAAGAUCAGAAAAGAUCAAGGGUGAACCUGAUUUCCAUUACAAAGAGGAACAGACAGGUUCUGCAGUGAUGAAGAGAUCCACAAAACCACUUGCAGGGACUACAGAUAUGCCAGUUACCUCCAGAGAUGCUAGUGCAUUUCAGGGAAGUGUAGCAGAAAGGAAAAUCAGGGACACAUCAAUGUCCUGGAAAUAAAAGCAGUCUGGUUGGCUCUACACUACUUCCAGGAGUACCUUCACGGAGAGACAACAAUAAUCAUGACAACAGCAUCUCGGUUGUCACAUACUUGAACAAACAAAGGGGAACAAUUUCCCGAGUACUGAAUCAAUUAGCAGUUCAGAUGCACGAAUGGCCAGAAACCAAGUGACUGACUGACUGCCAGAUACAUUCCAGGGAAGGAAAAGGUUGCAGUGGACACUUAGGAGGUUGGACCAGAUUGUGGGAACAGAAUAAUCCUUGGAACAAUCUGUGGUGAACAGACUAUUCAGGUUAUGGUUGCCCCCCCCCCCCAACAUGGUCUGUGUGCAACACUUCAAAGAAUCUCAAACUACCCCUGCACUGCCCUCCAGUGCCAGACAAGAAAACUGUAAUGCAAGGUGCAUUCCAACAUCAGUGGGACAACAUGGAUGUAUGAUGUAAGUGGUCCCGCCAUUCAGCCAGAUCCAAAGAGCAAUCAACAGAUGCUUUAUCUCCCACAGUCUGAGGAUGACGUUAGUAGCUCCCAAGUGGCAUCAAGCAGAGUGGUAUGCACAUUUUCUCCACCUGCUUUUAGACAUUUGUCAAAUUAUAUGAUUUCUUCUUUGUUUUUGGAGAGAUUGUCCUCCAUUCUCUGUGAGUCUCUUGUCAUAUGAUGUGGGUUUGUUUAUGUGUCGGAACAAAUAACAAAUUUAACAGAAAUUUGUAUUUUUCCUAACAUACAAUCCCACAUUAUCAUGAGUCAAGUUACCCUUCUCACCACCCUUGUUUGUCUAAUCUCUCUUGCCUUUUGCGAACAUCAGGCACAGUAACAAGGGCUAGUUCACAACUGGGGGAACAAGGGUCAGGAUAUGCCUUAAGUAGCUAGUGGUUUUCUUCAAAGUCAGUCUACAUAGCCGUCAUGUACAUGCGUGCAUAGGGAUCUCCCGUCAUAUGGUGGUGUGGGUUUGUAUGCUAGGAAACAAUGCAAAAAUUUGUUUAUUUUGAAAUACUGCAGUAUUAUUUUUUCCCCACAUUUGUGUUAAAUAGAGGUAAGCUUCAUUUUGUUCAAACCUACAUUGAAUUGAAGUAUUUACAUUUAAUUCAUUGUUGGAAAGUUCCUUGAACAAAGAUUUGCAUUUGGAAUGUAUUACAAUUUUUAUAUAAAGAUAUCUUUUAUAUUGUCUUAGAUUGUAAUAUUUCUUAUGUAUUUCUUGUAAAAUGUGUGUAAUUCUGUUAAAAAGGUCUUUGGUUGAAUGCCAGGAGGAUUGGAUGAGAUUUAUAUCUUGAUGGCUUUUUGGAGGGAAGUGUUGCUUUUUGUUUUAUAAUGUCGUUAUGAAAGUUGCAGUUGUUCAAUGGAUUCUUUGCUUUUUUGUUUUAUAAAUAUAAUUUACUGUAAUAUACCUGCCGGGUAAGUUAUAUUUUAUAAAAUUACUUAUUUUUUUCACAGAUCAUAAAUUGGCUGUUUAAUUUAAAUCCAAAAUGAAAGACUAGUUGCUUCCCUUCAUGAAAAUCCAUACAAAUAUUCUGUAAUUUUUAUUCCAGUGAAUUUUUCACCCUCUGUCUAUUUGAGAGUAAUAAAAUAGUUCUUUGUUAGAACUAUCAUUA